AUGAGAACAAUCGCACCAAGUAAGAAAGGACACAUAAUGCCAGAAGUUAAAGUUCGUUUCCCUCCCGAAGUCACACCAAUGAAUCUCAUUGAGAAUGCUGUCGCGAAACUAGAGACCAGCGGUCAAACAUCACGAAUUCCCAACGCGUUUAUCGCUUAUCGCAUGGCUUUUUGCAAAGAGCUUCGCUUGAUCCAACAUCCAGUGAUAACACAACCACAACUUUCAGCGUUAGUCAAACAAUCAUGGCUUAAAGAAGAGGAGAACGUACGACGAGAAUAUCAACGCAUUGCAAAAGAAGCCAAAGAUUUAUAUAUACAAAUUUGCCACGAACGAAGUCCACUUUUUGUUGCAAAUGCUUUUUCAAUUAACGAUGAAGAUUCUUCUCCCAACACGAAAAAUAAUUCGGGCAAAUUAGAAUUGGUGUUUUCGAAUUCGAGUAACUUGAGUGACUCUAAUUUUGACUUUGUUAAUAACAACGAAAUAUCUUCAUCAAAACAAUCUGUGACAAUAAAUCCACAACCAGAUUCACAAGAGAAAACCCCCGCAUCCACUCCAAAUAUCACAAACAUAUUCACUACUGAUGCUCCAAUACUAGAAAAUGACAAUUAUUUUUCUUUAGACCUCAACUUGGACACUCAAUUUAUUGAUAAUUUAACACCGGAACUAUUGACCUCUCAAGCUUUAUUUUCUUCCAUUCUAUCUAUUCAAUCAGAUUUCCCUUCUGUUCCGACAGGAUAUAAUAAAUGCUGUAAAGAGAAAGUAAGGGUAUUAGAAAAUCGCAUUGUUGAACUAGAGAAAAAAAUCGAGUCAUUGAUAAAAUUGUAUUAUAUGCAUUUCUACUAUGCUUAA